CUGGGAUAUUUUCAUGUUAUUCUAGUCUGAAAGUUUAAUAAAACAUGGCGGUGCAUUAGUUAUUGUUGUUUUAUUUCUUUACGUCAAUUUAAAAUUGAUAGUCGAUUUGACCUACAUUUGAAUAUUAUGAGUUGGUAACCCUCGUGGGAAAAUUAAGAUAAGAAUGACUUUCUUCGCGAUUGUUUUCAGUUUUUUAUAUAUUUCAACUAGUUUCUUAUAGGAGUUUAUGAAUUAUCAUUACACUGGUAUGAGGCUUUCUUGUGGGGAGAAAAUCUUUCGCUAUUAGAAUAUCAGCUGUGAUUAUAGCGAUUAUUGAUAAAAACAUUGCCUCUAAUUUGACAUCUGUCAAUAACAAUGAAAUGCAGUGACGUUUCGCAUUGUAAAAAUUAGCGAAUUCGAAUCUACCUUGUUUCUAAAAUGAAUUAUCAAAGUUCUGAUUUAGUGGUGAAAUAAUGUUAUAGAACAUAGUUCCUUUAUUCAACCAGGAUUGUAAUAAAAAUCAAAAUGACUACGAAGGAGCUUUACACAAAGGGGGCCCGGAUAUGGGUGGAGCACCCCGAGAAGGUCUGGGAGAGCGCCACAGUCACCGCGGACUACCGCUCUGGAGUCCUCAUCGCCAAGUUGGACCAGACCAGCGAGAUACGACAGAUCAAGAUACAAGAUGAAAACCAAAUGCCGCCCUUGCGGAACCCCUCUCUCCUCAUCGGGCAGAAUGACCUCACGUCGCUCUCAUACCUGCACGAGCCUGCAGUUCUACACAACCUUAGAGUCAGGUUCUGCGACCGCAACGCCAUCUACACGUACUGUGGUAUCGUGCUCGUCGCCAUCAACCCAUACAACGAAUUGCCUAUUUACGGCGAUGAAACCAUCAUGGCGUACCGCGGCCAAUCCAUGGGCGACUUGGACCCGCACAUAUUUGCCGUUUCGGAGGAGGCCUACACGAAACUUGAGAGGGAGCGGCGAAACCAGAGCAUCAUAGUGAGUGGCGAAUCGGGCGCCGGCAAAACUGUGUCAGCUAAGUACGCAAUGCGCUACUUUGCGGCCGUGGGCGGGAACGCGAGCGAAACGCAGGUGGAGCGGAAAGUGCUCGCUUCCAGUCCCAUCAUGGAGGCCAUCGGCAACGCGAAAACCACUCGCAACGAUAACUCCUCCCGCUUCGGCAAAUUCAUAGAAAUCCACUUCGAUGAGAUGUACCGAAUAUCCGGUGCUAGUAUGCGUACUUACUUGCUUGAGAAAAGCAGAGUGGUGUAUCAGAGUGCGGGAGAGAGGAAUUAUCACGUGUUCUACCAGCUGUGCGCCGCGGCGCGCAGCAUGCCCGAGUUGCAGCUAGACCACCAAGACUCAUUCCACUAUUUGAACCAAGGCGGCAGUCCCGACAUAGACGGCGUCGACGACCUGAGAGCGUUUAACGAGACCAAAAACGCACUUACCACCUUAGGUGUGUCAGAGACGGAACAACAGAACAUGUUCACCGUGUUGUCGUGUAUCCUUCAUCUUGGCAAUAUCGAGCUGACGUGCGAGCCAGACGCGGGGGACGCGGAGGAAGACGGCGCGUACAUCGAUCCGAACGACAAGCAUCUACAAAUAGUCUGCUCGCUUCUCGGGGUGGCAAAGCCGGAGCUAAGUCGGUGGCUGACGCAUCGGCGCAUUGCUUCUGCGCAUGAGGUGAUAGUGUCCCGAAUGGACACGAACCGUGCCGCAUUCGCUCGCGACGCGCUCGCGAAGCGAAUGUACGGGGAAAUGUUCGCUUGGCUCGUCAAGUGUGUGAACCGCGCGCUCGAAACCGAUCAGAAUAAGAGCCACUUCAUUGGUGUAUUGGACAUCUACGGGUUCGAAACGUUCGAGAUCAACUCGUUCGAGCAGUUCUGCAUCAACUACGCCAACGAGAAACUGCAGCAACAGUUCAACUCGCACGUGUUCAAGUUAGAGCAGGACGAGUAUAUUAAAGAAGAAAUAUCAUGGAAGAUGAUUGAUUUCUACGACAACCAGCCAUGCAUCGACCUGAUCGAGGACCGGCUCGGAGUCCUAGCGCUCCUGGACGAGCAGUGCCGCGUGCCGCAGGGCUCCGAUCAGGGCUUCGUGGCCAAACUGCACGAGAGCUGCCACAAGUACCCACAUUUUAUGAAACCCCGGUUUGGGAACCAAGCUUUCAUAAUAAAACACUUCGCCGACAACGUCGAAUACCAAUGCGGGGGUUUCCUAGAGAAAAACCGAGACACAGUGUCAGAGGAGCAGUUAGAGUGCAUAAAGUCGGCGACUAGCUGCCGGCUCAUACACUCCAUGUUCGAUUCCGAUCGGGUGUCAGAGGGGAGUGGGACUGCGACACUGCCGCCACCUUCGCGACGGAGAACCACGCCUGCCGUGCCACUUACUAGUCUUACGCAACCGCCUCGCCGUGCGUCCGGUCAGAAGCAGACAGUGGGCGCGCAGUUCCGAGCGUCCCUGUCGGCUCUCAUGGCGACCCUGUCCGCGACCACGCCGCACUACGUGCGCUGCAUCAAGCCCAACGACACCAAGCAGCCCUUCCAGUUCCAUCCCGCGAGGGCGGUCAACCAACUCAGAGCGUGCGGUGUGUUGGAGACAAUAAGGAUUUCUGCAGCCGGCUUCCCGUCCAGGUGGUUGUAUCAGGACUUCUUCAACAGAUAUCGCCUCCUCUGCGCCCACAAAGAGCUGGACCGCGGGGACAUCAAGGGCACGUGCCGGCGGAUCCUGUCCGCGCACCUCAAGGACCCCGACAAGUACCAGUUUGGGGCCACCAAGAUAUUCUUCAGGGCUGGCCAGGUGGCAUAUCUAGAGAAAAUCCGCGCCGACAUACAGCGCCUAUACUGCGUGCGCGUACAGAGUUGCGUGCGUCGUUUCGUGGCCCGACGCAAGUACUUGCGCCGCAUGCGCGCCUUGCGUGGCUUGCAAGCUCACUGCCGAGGCUUCCUCGCCAGACGCAAAGCGCAAGAAGUCCGCCGCACCCGAGCCGCGAUCAAGAUCCAGCGAUACUUGCGCGGCUGGUUAGUUCGCCGCCAGUACCGCAAGCUGCGCCGCUUGGCUAUAGGGCUCCAAGCUCACGCGCGGGGCUACCUCGCCCGCAGGCUGUAUAGGGAUGCGCGCAGGGUCAAAGCGGCUCUGACGAUCCAACGCUACGCCCGAGGCUACCUCGCGAGGAAGCGAGUCAAGGCGAUGCGACGCGGUAUUAUUAUAGCGCAGGCUGCUGUCCGUCGCUUCCUCGCCCGUCGCCUCUACAAGCGCCUGCGCAUCGAAGCCAGGAGUCUGGACCACGUGAAGACCCUGAACAAGGGUCUGGAGAACAAGAUCAUCAGCCUGCAGCAGAGGCUGGGGGAGGUGCAGCAGAAGGCCAAGGCGCUGGAACCGCUGGCCGCUCAGCUGGCUGACGCUAAAGCGAAACUGGAACUUCUCCGCCUAGUUGAAAUAGAGGCAAAGACUCUCAAAGUUUCCAUCGAAGACAAGGACAGCGUCAUAGCCGCGCUCCAAGCCGAGCUGGCGAGCGAGCGAGACAGCAACAAGCAGCUCAUCGUGGAGAAGAAAGAGUUAGAGAAGACGUACAAGAAAGAGAGGGAGGUGUGGGAGGGAGAAAGCGAGAAGCUGGCCAAUGAGUUGAAGAGUACUAAAGAGCAGUUUGAUUUGGCGAUUGAAGAACGUGACAAGCAGCACGAGCAAGAAAAGUUAGCCCUCAGCGCGGAGCUGGAGGCGGAGAGGCAGAGCAGACAGAAGCUACUCUCCACGCAAUAUGAGCUGCAGGAGCGGGUGGACUCUCUACAGCGGGCGCCCGCGACGAAGGAACACCGACGUUCUCUUUCUGAUGCCAGCAACAACUCUCAGCAGGAGACGACAGUUGAAGAUGACUUCGGGUACGGGUCAGUCCGUUCGGUGGAGAACUCUCGGCCCGCUCUUGAAGCCGUCAACUGGUCGGCCGGCACUCACAACGGACCCAUGCCGACCGCGGACGCUGGAUUGGUGCUGCGGAUGCAGAACCGGAUAUCCGCCUUGCAGAGUGAACUGUCGCGCACCACCAAGCGAGCGAGUGACUUGGAAGAGCGGCUCAUGAAUCGUCUGUCCUCACCCCCCACCAACCCCAACCUGGACCGGUUCAAAGUGGAAGAGCUCGAGAUAGAAAACAAGAAGCUUCGAGAACAUCUCGAGCGGCUGCGCUCUGCUGGUGACACCACUCUACUCACCAAGGAAGUUAUAGACCAACUGGGCAUCAUGCAGAAAGAGUUAGACAGACGUCGAGACGAGUGCAGCCAACUGAAGAGCGUGCUCACCAACACCAAACCGCAAUGGUUCCAAACUCUGAAAAAUGUCACGGUGAACUUAAAGUCGCUCACGACGUCAAGCUACGGCUCCGACGUGGACAUCGUCAACGAAGAUGGCGAGUUGGCUACGGCUUACGAAACGCAGAAGGGUAUUAACAGGCAGUUGCAAGAGGAGCUUAUGGCCGAGAAGAAGUUCUAUUCGGAUCACAUAUCGAAGACGAAGGCCGAGAUCGAUCGGCUAAGGGAAGAAAACGAGAAAUAUCAGAAGUUGUUGAGCGUCGAGCUAAGUCAAGAGCCUAAGAACAAGCAACAGGAAUUUGCUCAGAACGAGAUCAUCAAACUGGCGGCUGAGAGUCUGGCUUUGCAGGAGCGCGUAGACAAGCUAUCGGAGAGCUGCCGCCGCUACAAGAACCAGAUACGGCUGCUGGUGAACAAGCUGAGGGAGGCGGGCGUAGAAGACGUCAGCGACAUACUCGAGAGCAACGAUGCCGUGGUGCCGCAGAACGCCUCCCUCGCUCCCGAGGUAGCGCCCGUGUCGCGCAAGAAAGAGAGGGAGUAUCUCGGCAUGUUCGAGUACAAGAUACAGGACGAGGCGAAGAUCAUUAAAAAACUCAUUACAGACCUGAAGCCACGAACAGCCGUCACUCUCCUCCCCGGGCUCCCGGCCUACAUCAUCUUCAUGAUGCUGCGCCACAUGGACCACGUGGACGAUGAGCCCAAGAUGCACCAGCUGCUGAAGGCAGUCAGGAUCGGGGUCAAGAAGACGCUCAGGAAACGCGCGGACAGCGUGGAGUACAGCGCGCUGUGGCUCGCUAAUAUGCUACGACUCCUAAACAACCUACGUCAGUACAGCGGCGACGCGGUAUAUCAGAAAGAGAACACCCCUCGUCAGAACCAGCAGUGUCUUCGUAUCUUCGACCUGUCGGAAUACCGCCAGCUCCUCAGCGAUACCGCCGUGCAGAUCUACCAAGGUGUCAUCAUACUCUUGGAGAGGCAGAUAGAGCGGCUGAUCGUGGGCGCCAUAUUGGAAUACGAGGAAAUCAGUGGUUUGUCUGGUCCUGCGCGCGCGCCGCCGUCGCCGCCCGGCGCGGGCCCGGCGCGGCUGAAGCAGGAGCUGGGCGCGGCGCACGACCACCUGCACACUUACCACGUCGACGCCUCGCUGCGCGUCAUGAUCUUCAAACAGUUGUUCUACUACAUCUGCGCGUACAGCCUGAAUCAGCUCCUGCUGCGUAAAGACCUGUGCUGCUGGGCCAAGGGUCUGCAGAUCCGAUACAACAUCUCACACCUGGAGAACUGGAUCAAGGAGCAGCUCGCUGAAUACGGACAGAAGAGCGUGGACGAGAUCCUGAGCGUGCUGAAGCCGAUCACACAAGCGGUGCAGCUGCUGCAAGCUAGAAAGUCGCUGGCUGACGUGCAGAGCACCGUCGACAUGUGCUCCAACCUGACCGCCAUGCAAGUCUGCAAGAUCCUAAAUAUGUACACGCCCGCCGAAGACUACGAGGUGAAAGUCACACGAGAGUUCAUUCACGAGAUACAGAAGAAGAUGCAGGAGAAGGCGGGGCCUAACGCGGACAAGGAGCCGCAAAACCUCCUGAUGGACUCGAAGAUGAUUUUCUCGGUGCAAUUUCCUUUCAACCCUUCCUCCAUCCGGCUGGAGGACGUGGAACUGCCCGACGUGCUGGGCCUGGACGGGCUACUCACCAAGAUAUAAACCGGUUAAC